GAAGAAUAUCAGUAGAUCGUCUGCUGGGAGCUGGGACAACUGGCAGUUUUUAUUUUCCACAAUAAUUAGAGGAGAGUCCAAUUAUAAAGGGUUAUAUGGUUUUCUUUCGUCUAAUCUUUAUUCAGGGAAACACUUAAGACCAAUCAUGGCGGGUCUUUCAUGGACACAACUGGUUUUUAUUUCGGCCAUGGUUGCAUGCCUGUCUUCGGCCAACGCAGCCAAAAUAAUGGACGAUGAUUUUUGGACUAAUUUUAUGUUCAUGUAUCAAAAUCAAACAACUUGCGGUCAUGGCAGGAUGCCGGCAGAGCCCACGGAACCCGCUGAGAUGGAGGGUGACGGCGAGAUGACGAUGACGACGAUGAUGGGGGCCAAGAACGCAAUGGAAGGCGAGUUCCCAUGGCAGGCUGCUAUCUUCCAUCAAUCGUACAAGGUCUGUGGUGCAGCUCUCAUCCACGAGGAGUGGCUCAUAACAUCCGCAAGCUGUCUCCCCUUCCUCCACGACACGAAGUCGUACAAGGUUGUCGUCGGGACGACAUCUGUGCUCAAGAGUGACACGAUGGUUGAGGACAACCCCAAUAUGCAAUACAGCACGGUGGAAGAGUUCUACGUGCAUCCCCACUACGAUGCAAGGCAAUGGGCUCACGAUGUCGCUCUCGUCAAGGUAGAGAAGGCCUUCGAACUCAAUGACUACGUCAAUGUCGUCUGCCUCCCGAUGCCAACGAUGCAAGGCCACUUCCAUGGUGGUUUGAAGGCGACGGUGGCCGCCUUUGGGACCCCUAUGAUGAAGAUGGAGCCUAAAUGCCCGGUUGUGGAAGAGGGCGCUUUUGGAGCCUGUGCCGAAUUAUGCAUGUCAGAUGAUAACUGCGCAGAAAAUGAAAAAUGUUGCAGCAACGGUUGUGGCCGUCAGUGCGUACAGUUGCCAGCGCCACCAACGAUGAUGCCCGAUAUGGAAGAGCUAGGCAUCAAGCCUGGUGUUCUCCACAAGUUCAAACUGCCACUCCUAAACAUAUCUACGUGUAGGAGCAAGUUUAGGGACAACCUCCCUGACGGGCUCUUCUGCGCCGGCGGGAUGAUGGGGGGCAUGAAGCAGGAUGACAUGAUGCCGAUGGGAGGUUUGGAUAAGAAGAUGGAAGGAGGCCUCUUGCCUUUCCUCAAGAAGAUGAUGAUGAUGGUGAAGAUGAAAGAAGGAGAAAUGGAAGGAGAGGACAUGAUGGGAGAGGAAGGGAUGAUGAGGAUGAUGGAGAUGAUGGAGCAAAUGAAGGAGGAUGGGGAGUUCAACUUCAACAUUCUCCCCGUCAUGGCGCAUCUUUUGGAUCUCGUUGACGGGAAGAAGGGCGCGGUCGGACGCAACGGGAUGCGGGAGCCCGGAGCCUGGUCGCUAGGAUACGAGGAUCUCAUGAAGGGGAAGAUGAUGGAAGGAGAAGAGAUGGACGAGGAGCCGGAAGAGGAAGAGGAGGAGCAAGAUAGAGAGAGGGAAGGCACAGACGGUGAAAUGAUGAUGGGAGAGAAGGAUAUGGAGAUGGAAAAGAUGAUGAAGAUGAUGAUGGAAUCUGGGAUGGACAAGGAGGAGAUAAUGAAGAUGAUGAUGAUGAAACAAUGCAAGGGUGACAAGGGUGGUCCGUUGGUUGCCCAAGUCAAUGGCAAGUGGUACCUACUUGGAGUGACCAGCCUUCCCUUCGGAUGCCUUCACGAUGGCUCACCCGGCCUUUUCUCCCAAGUGGACGUCCUCAAGAAAUGGAUCAAGCCAAUCUUCAACGGCAAGAUGCCCAAAGGAAAGAAAAUGUUUUGUGGAGCUGGCGAGUUCUCUUGUGGUGACGGCUGGUGUAUCCCGGAGGAGCAUCGAUGUGACGGCCUCAAGGACUGUACUCUCGGAACGGACGAACACUUCUGCGACGGCGCUCUGAAGGGAUACAACCCCUACUUCCACCAGGCCAUCGAACACGAGUCAAUGGCCCACAACUUCACGGUCAGGUCCAAGGCCCAGUGCGCUCUGGCCUGCCUCAAGGCACCAUUCCUCUGUCCUGGCUUCGAUGUCUGGGUCAUGCCAAAGGGAAUGAUGAUGCCGGACAUGCCGAGCAUGGGCGAUUCGAUGCCGGGGAUGAUGGGCGAGGACGAAGGGAUGGAGAUGGACGGUCACGAUGGUGACAUGCCGAAGCCGCACAUGAUCUGCGUCCUUGCCGAUACGAUGUCCAAGGUCCACCACGUCAACGCGUCGCUGGGCAUGUUGAUGAAGAAGAUGUCGAUGUCGGAUGAUAUGGGUGACGAUAUGGAAGACGAACUCAAGUUCCAUGUUCACUUCAAGCUACCUCGCUCGGCACCGAUAACAGCUCUGUUGUCACCCGCCCUGAACCUGCGGUCCAAGACGGGAUUGAUCGUCUCGCCUUCCUUCAUCCUCGGCGAGAACCUGUCCAAGCACAUCGGGGAUCCUCACCUCGUCCUGACGUUGGUCAAGAAAGCCUUGAUCGAGAAGCUGGUGAUGCUGGCCCACAAGGGAUGCGUCAUGCACCACGAGCAGUGGCCGAAGAUAGAGGAGAAGAAGAUGAUGCUGAAGCACCUGGGAAUGGUUGCCAAGGAGAUGGGGCAUAAGAUGAUGAUGAUGCAUGCCAGGAUGACCCCGACGGGUGGGGAGAUGGACGAAGAGAUGCAGAUGGAGAUGAUGAACGCCGUGUUGGAGAUGAAGAAGAACAUGACCUGGGUGAAGGAGCACGCGUACGAGCUGCACAAGAAUGUUUCGAAGCUGCUCUGGGAGGUCAACAUGUCAUGCGACAUCCACAACAUCUCUAGCCACGUCCACGAGAUGCUCCAAAAAGUUCUUUCCAACUUCUCCUGCGGCAUGGAUGAUGGUAUGGGCGAGGGCAUGGAUAUGAUGAAUGGCACAAGCAUGUUCGAGAUGCUGAUGAAGAAGGUUGGACUGUAUAACAUGUACCACGUGAAUAUGAUGAUGAUGAAGAUGAAGAUGGGAGGGAACAUGACGAUGGGCGGAGACAUGGGGAUGGGCGGAGACAUGGGAAUGGGCGGAGGCAUGGGAAUGGGUAUCUUGAGCCACCUGGAAGGAAUGAUGAUGGACAGCGGAAGUUUGCUUGGUGACAUCUGGAGUAUCCUCGGCAACCACGACAUGAUGUCGAUGAUGAUGACGGAGAUGAUGAUGCCUUCUGAUGAGGAAACGAUGCCGCCCGAUGAGGGUAUGAUGCCAGAAGACGAGGGCAUGAUGGAGGAAGGAGAAGACAUGAUGCCGGAGGGCGGAAAAUAUAUGAAGAUGAACAUUACUGUAAUGAAACACAAGCUGGUGAUGAAGAUUAAAACAAUCGCCGCCAUAAUGAUGAUGGGGAAAUGCAACAAGACAGGCUAUUCUGAGAAGAUGGGUAUGGGGGAUAUGAUGCAUAUGAUGAUGGGCGGUGGUAUGGGAGGAGACAUGAUGGGCGGCGACAUGAUGGGCGGCGACAUGAUGGGCGGAGACAUGAUGGGCGGAGACAUGAUGGGCGGAGACAUGAUGAGCGGCGACAUGAUGAUGGGCGGGAACAUGACGAUGAAAAACUGGACUAAGGAGCACCAUAUGAUGUUCAAGUUCAUCAUGAUGUUGAAGUCCUGGCCAAUGGGUCAUCACACCUGGUCUAUCCUGCAAUCUCCUCAUCGCGCCAACAACUUCCACUUCCGGGCCUUGACCUCUAAGGGUCCCUACACCUGCGACAACGUGCCCCGUGACUUCGGGCUCCUCGCUGUCAAAGGGGGGAAACUUCCGGUGCCGGCUCUGAUCUUGGGCGAGAUCAUGAGGAAAAAGGCCGUGAUGAUGAUGAAGGCUGGUGACGGAGAGAUUCCGGACGAGAUGAAGAUGAUGAUGAAGAAGGGCAUCAUGCAUUUCAUGAUGUCGAUGAUUCCACCAGAGAUGAUGAUGACGAUGAUGAUGGAAGGAGGGAUGAUGGAGGAGAUGGAGGGCAUGAUGGAAAACGCCAUGGGCAUGGUGUUUGAAAUGAUGAUGGGCGGGGAGAACAUGAUGGACGGGGAUAUGAUGAUGGGCGAAGACAUGAUGAUGGGCGGAGACAUGCCAAUGGGUGGAGACAUGCCAGUGGGCGGAGACGGAAUGCCGAGAGAAGGGGACAUGGAAAAGGAGAUCUCGGAGGAAAUGAAGGAAAAACUUCACGAGAUGUUCGAAAAGCUCUACGAAAAGAUUAUGAUGAAGGAAGGACAGGGAAUAGCCAGAUGUCUUGGAAAACUCUACAAGAAUCCAGGUAUCUGGGUUGCAGGAUCGCACGCUCUCGUCAAACAGUAUUCUAACAAGCCUUACAAGCACGGCGUCGUCAUGGAGUAUAAAGCAGAUUACUCAUGCGACGAGACUCACACAUCGCCCGCCGGGAUUCUGACGUCACCAAUGUUCCCUCUGAAGUACCCGAGCAACGUAGAAUGCAACCAGAAGAUUGUGGCGCCUCCAGGUUACGUGGUCGCUCUCGUUAUGCUCCGCUUCAAGACCCAGUGGGAUGCCCAUUGCAUGCAAGAUAAACUGUCGGUCUACGACUACGAUGGCGAAUCAGACGAGUGGUCUAAGCUGGGUCAAAGGUCAUUCUGUGGUUCCAAGGUGCCUCUUGUCUUCCGGUCAAGCGGUCGUAAGAUGCAUGUCAAGUUUGAAUCUGAUCACGGCAUAGAGGAUACCGGGUUCAAGGCCGUGUACAUGUUCGUCCCAGAACACAAGAUGGAUAGGAUGCCAAUGCCCAUGCCGAUGCCUACCGACCCCUCGGAUAGGCCUACCAGCGACGGUCGCGAAAGACUAGAUAGCGAGAUGGUUUGGCGCAUGAUGGCACUCGCUGACGAAGCCGAGACUUACAAGAUUGCCAUGAUCGCCGUCGCCUGUGUCCUCGGCGCCGUUCUGAUCAUCAGCAUGGUCGUUAUGUACCAUCAUUUCAACCGCAAGAUCAAGAAGACUUCGGAGAAGGACCAGUUGAACACUAAAUUGUAGAUCGUAAUUGGUUCAUUGAUAGAACAAAUUGCAAUAAAUCAUUGUGACAUAGUACAUAGUAUUUGUGGUAUAGCGUAAUGGCAUUUUUUAAAACUUAUUUUGUUUCUUCAAGGCUACAAAAAGCUCGUACAGUCAGAAAUCGUAUCCUGUAACGCAGCCACAUCCUUAACCAAUGACGCCCCAGCAUGGCGGGAUUUCUGUUCAUGAACCUCGUAUUCAUUAGAACACUAUGCAAGUAUUCGUUAAAAAAUAGAUGACUUGUGCACAGUCAAAUUCUACAGAAUACUAAUAGUAUAUCAUUACAUAACUCGAAAUAUAUUCAUCAA